UACAUUUUUGCAUUGCAAACAAUAUACGACACAAUAAUUCAAUAAAAUAGAAAAGAAACUGUAUUAUACAAAAUGCGUCUAGGAUCGUUAAUUCCGAACUUCAGUGCACAAACCACCAAAGGACCAAUCCAAUUUUAUGAUUGGCAAGGCGAAUCAUGGGUUGUGUUGUUCUCGCAUCCAAGUGACUUUACGCCAGUGUGUACAACUGAAUUGGGCCGAAUGGCCGUGCACAAAGAGCACUUUUGCAAACGUAAUGUCAAAUUGUUGGCUCAUUCCGUUGACGAUUUACAGUCCCAUGUUGACUGGGUGAAUGAUAUCAAAUCGUAUUGUUUGGAUAUUGUUGGAGAUUUUCCUUAUCCCAUUAUCGCUGAUUCAAAACGUGAAUUGGCCGUUGCUUUGGAUAUGAUUGAUGAAGAACAAAAAGAUGACCCAGAAAUUGCAAAAACAGUUCGUGCCUUGUAUGUCAUUGAUCCAAAACACCGUUUGAGACUAGCUAUGGUCUAUCCCAUGUCAACCGGUAGAAAUGUCGACGAAAUAUUGCGAGUUAUUGACUCUUUGCAACUGACCGAUAAGAACCCAUACAUCGCUACACCUGCAAAUUGGACACCCGGUGAAAAAGUGAUGAUUUUACCACAUGUCGAGGACAAUUUGGUCGAUAAAGUUUUCCCGAAAGGGAUCGAUCGCGUCGGAAUGCCCUCUGGCAAAAAUUACGUUCGAACUACAACCAAUUACUAAGCCAAAAUAUUUCGAAGAAAAAAAUAUUUUUUAUUUUGUGCCAUUUUUUAGAAAACACUCCAAAAUAAAUCAAUUCCGUUGAAACGAUUGUAAAAACAUU